AUGGUCAGUUUCCAGUGGGGACCCUUUUCCAGGCUUGCAGACGACCACCUCCUGCUGCGUCCUCACAUGAUGGAGAGAGAGAGCCACUUCCUAGAAGGGCUAGUCUUACCAGGGACUGUUCUAGAAGCAGUGACUCUAAAAGUUCCCGGUCAGAUGCGAUGUACAGACCGUGCCAUGUUGGUCAAAGCUUUUCUACACAUCGACUCAGAGUGGAUGAAUGACUUGGACAGAAGAAUGAGAGGAACUGGUAUUAGAAUCAUACAUUUUUCCACAGAAGAGUCCCCCAGUUUCCUGCAUUGGGAGGUGAGUGUGGGAAUGGUGACGAGCCUUAUAAGGACACCAGUCACUGGGUUAGGGCCUGGUAUAACUCAUGAUUCAUCUGAAAUUGAUUGCAUCUACAAAAACUGUCCUUUGAAACAAGGUCACGUGUGUUCCGUCUUUCGGUAA